GCCGCCGCCAGCACCCGCAGCGCCGCAGCUCCGGGACCGGCCCCGGCCGCCGUCGCCGCGAUGGGCAACGCCGCAGCCGCCAAGAAGGGCAGCGAGCAGGAGAGUGUGAAAGAGUUCUUAGCCAAAGCCAAAGAAGAUUUCCUUAAAAAAUGGGAAAAUCCUGCUCAGAAUACAGCCCAUUUGGAUCAGUUUGAACGAAUCAAGACCCUCGGCACAGGCUCCUUUGGGCGGGUGAUGCUGGUGAAGCACAAGGAGACCGGGAACCACUUUGCCAUGAAGAUCCUCGACAAACAGAAGGUAGUGAAGCUGAAACAGAUCGAGCACACCCUGAAUGAGAAGCGCAUCCUGCAGGCGGUCAACUUUCCGUUCCUCGUCAAACUCGAGUUCUCCUUCAAGGACAACUCGAAUUUAUACAUGGUUAUGGAGUAUGUGCCUGGCGGGGAGAUGUUCUCGCACCUGCGGCGGAUCGGAAGGUUCAGUGAACCGCAUGCCCGCUUCUACGCGGCCCAGAUCGUCCUGACCUUCGAGUACCUGCACUCACUUGACCUCAUCUACCGGGACCUGAAGCCGGAGAACCUCCUCAUUGACCAGCAGGGCUACAUCCAGGUGACAGACUUCGGUUUCGCCAAGCGUGUAAAAGGCCGCACCUGGACCUUAUGCGGGACCCCUGAGUACCUGGCCCCGGAGAUCAUCUUGAGCAAAGGCUACAACAAGGCUGUGGACUGGUGGGCCCUAGGGGUUCUCAUCUACGAGAUGGCCGCUGGCUACCCGCCCUUCUUCGCUGACCAGCCCAUCCAGAUCUAUGAGAAGAUUGUCUCUGGGAAGGUGCGGUUCCCAUCCCACUUCAGCUCUGACCUGAAGGAUCUGCUGCGGAACCUGCUGCAGGUGGACCUCACCAAACGCUUUGGGAACCUCAAGAAUGGGGUUAACGAUAUCAAGAACCACAAGUGGUUUGCCACAACUGACUGGAUUGCCAUCUACCAGAGGAAGGUGGAAGCUCCCUUCAUACCAAAGUUUAAAGGCCCUGGGGACACGAGUAAUUUUGACGACUAUGAGGAGGAAGAGAUCCGAGUCUCCAUCAAUGAGAAGUGUGGCAAGGAGUUUACUGAGUUUUAGGGGUGUGCCUGUGCCCCCAUGGGUUUUCUUUCUUUCUCUCUUUUUUUUUUUUUUUUUUUUUUUGGUGGGGGGGUGGGAGGGUUGGAUUGAACAGCCAGAAGGCCCCAGAGUUCCUUGCAUCUAAUUUCACCCCCACCCCACCCUCCAGGGUAGGGGGAGCAAGAAGCCAGAUAUUCAGAGGAAUGGAAACACCAGCUGCUCUCCCUCAAUCCCUCACCGUCCUGCCCCUCCCCACCGCUUUUGCCUUCCUCCUCCCCAGAAGCCCCUGACCCAGCCCACUUCUGCCUAUUUUAAAUGAGUAUCUAUGUUCCAGUCAGACCAAGUCUUGCUGGUGGAUUCAGGGACAGAGUGUGGAAAGAGGGGCCCAAACUUAACUCCAUCCCCACCUCCCCAAACCACAGGCAUCACCCACUAAGGGCAAAUGAAGGAAAGGCCAGCCUUCUCUUCAGAACCUGAGGUCCGACCCCAGAGCAGUCAUGCCUGGAAAGGAGAGAUUUUAGUAACCUGUUGGGUGGGCUGCUUGCUAGAAUUAAAAAAAAAAAAAAAAAAAAAAAGUAUAAUCUUAUUUAAGUUCCACCAGUGCCUCCCCACUUUCUUCCCCUACCCUUCCCAUACUUCCCCCUUCCCAAAUCCAUUUUAACAAGGCUGGGAAGCAGACUGAAUUUGUAAAGGAAGGAGCUGGGGUCCAGACCUCCGCCCCAAGCUGCUAAUCUCCUCUGCUUCUCUGUCCACCUCCCCCCUACCCUGGGGGUUCCCCUGGCA